AACUGCUCGAUGCCUCCCAUCCCGAUCGCAUCAAAAACGCCGUCCGAACGAAUCCAACGGCGCACUACUCCUCGCCCACUUUGUCUCUAGUCGCCCCACCCGAUCCCGGAUCCCCAAUUCCCCCGGCGCGAUGGCGGCCAGCCUGUGGCGCGCGGUGAUGGGCUCCUCCUCCUCCGGCGGCGACGACCCGGCGCUGGGCGGCGUGGAGUUCUGGCACGGGGCGGAGCGCGCCGGGUGGCUGACCAAGCAGGGCGAGUACAUCAAGACGUGGCGGCGGCGCUGGUUCGUGCUCAAGCAGGGCCGCCUCUUCUGGUUCAAGGACCCCGCCGUCACGCGCGCGUCCGUGCCCCGCGGCGUCAUCCCCGUCUCCUCCUGCCUCACCGUCAAGGGCGCCGAGGACGUGCUCAACCGCCAGUUCGCCUUCGAGCUCUCCACCCCGACCGAGACCAUGUACUUCAUCGCCGACGCCGAGAAGGAGAAGGAGGAGUGGAUCAACUCCAUCGGCCGAUCCAUCGUCCAGCACUCGCGCUCCGUCACCGACGGCGAGGUCGUUGACUACGACAGCCGCCCACAACCCUCGCCAAAGUCCAAGAGUGAGCCGUCGGAGUAAGAUUUGCGGUGAACUCUCGCAUAUGCCCCUCUCUAUUGUAUCAACUUAAGAAGUGGUUGUGAAUCUGUGUGAUUUUAGUUAUUAUUUGUUGAUCGUAUGUAUAUUAUUGACUGCUUGCUGUAUGGGAAUAACUGGUUUGAAGUGUA